AUGGUAGGUUAUUUCUGUCAAAUGGAGACGCCCAUGGAACAUGUAAACUGGGAUGACUACUUCAAGGUCAAAGGGGUUGACUACAAAGGAGAUGAAGUCAAAGUAGGCCGAUGGUUUGACUGGAGUAACAUUGCUCCUGCACUCCCGGCCGAAGUUGGCAGGGUCCCCCUCGAAGAAGUCUGCAGUUUGGGGUGCAAGCAGUAUGUUCUCAAUUUCGAUGAUUUUCUCAAGCCUCCUGAUGAAUGGCACGCGGUGCGGGCACCGAGAGUCAUGGUGGAUGACUCUUCGUGGAGUGCGGUUUGCACUGGGCUCGUGUCAUCGGGGGUGUGUACUUGGCUUGAAGAAUCUGAGGUUUUUCAUGUGCACGACACCCCCUUGUUAAAUGGGCUCUUCGGGGUGAGCAAAGAAGAAUGGACGGACGAGGGGGUGGAGAUCUUCCGCUUGAUCAUGAAUUUGAUUCCCUUGAAUGCCCUGUGUCGACCCAUUUCGGGGGAUGUCGAAACACUUCCAUCAUGGGGAAUGAUGUCACCUUUCUUCCUUCAACCAGGGGAGCGGUUGGUGAUUAGUUCUGAGGAUGUGAAGUGUUUCUUCUACACAAUGAGGGUUCCUUGUUGUUGGGUCAAGUUCCUCGCUUUCAACAAGAUUGUCCCGGAUGACGUGUUACCUCGCUCUUUGAAAGGUAAAAGGGUCUACCUCGCUUCUACUGUAUUGCCGAUGGGGUUCUUGAAUAGCGUCAGCUUGGCCCAACAUGUGCACCGCAACCUGGUGGCCUGGUCACGGGGUGAUUUCCCUGAGGCGGCGGGGGAAUACAACGCCCCUGAGCAAGAACUUCGCAAAGACCGGGGUUUUACGUUGAGCAGUAGAGCAUGGAGGGUUUACCUGGAUAACUAUGACCUUCUUGAAAAGGUCGAGGCCACUGCCUUUGCCCAGUUAGAGGGUACGGUGGCCCCAGGAGCCCUGGCUUUGCGCCAUGAGUAUGAGCACUGGGAGGUGCCGCGCAACUUGAAGAAAGCUGUGCAACGUUCUUCUAAAUGCGAGAUGCAAGGGGCCACGGUAGACGGUGAUUUGGGGGUGGCUUAUCCUCGAGAGGCGAAGUUGGCCAAGUACUUUGCCCUGGCGCUACAGCUCGCCAAUGCAAGAAAGGGCACUCGGAAACAAUGGCAGGUGGUGUGCGGAGGUUUGGUAUAUGUCAGUAUGUUCCGAAGACCGCUCUUGGGGAGCCUUAACAGUGUUUGGCGCCAUAUCGAGAGCUUUCGGGAUGUACCUGAUGAAGUGAAAAUCACCCCACUUGACUGCCGAUUGGAAAUCCUGCGCUUCUUGGGAAUGCUGCCACUGGCACGGAUGGACUUCCGGCUUGGGGUCCACCCGAUUGUCACCUGCAGUGAUGCUUCAACCACGGGAGGCGGGAUCUGUGCAUCCUGGACCACCACCGCCGUUGGCGCAAGCAUUGCAGCUGGAGACAUGCGGGGAGAAGUCCCUGAGGCUCGCAUUGAAGGUGGAAUUUUGGCGAUUGGCUUGUUCGAUGGCAUCGGGGCGCUGAGGGUGGCCCUGGAGUUGGUCAAUAUCCCUGUGGUAGGCUAUGUCUCCGUGGAGAGACACGAGCCUGCCCGACGUGUCGUGGAAGCCAACUAUCCCAACGUAGUGCACUACCAUGAUGUAAAGGAGAUUGGUGACAAGGAGGUCAGGGACUGGGUAUCCAAGUUCUCACAGGUAAGCCUGGUCCUCAUUGGGGCGGGCCCGCCCUGUCAAGGGGUGAGUGGGCUUAACGCGGAUAGGAAAGGCGCCUUGAAAGACGAGCGAUCGUGCUUGUUCUCCGAGGUGCCCCGUAUCCGUGACGCUGUCAAGGAGGGGUUCAAUUGGUGUCCUGUGUAUGUCCUGAUGGAGUCUGUCGCAUCUAUGGACAAACAAGACCGUGAAGUGAUGUCAGAAGGGAUCGAUGCGGAGCCCAUCAGGUGUGACGCGGGGACCUUGGCGUGGUGCCACAGGCCUCGCCUAUACUGGUGUGACUGGGAAAUUCUGGAGGGAGAGGGGUAUACAGUCAAACCUGGCUCGCCGGCUGGACCUCGAGAGCUGGUUCUAGAUGGGUGUCAGGAUCCGCAUGAAGUCAUCCGAGGCGGUUGGAUCAAAGUCGCGCCUGAAAAGGCCUUUCCAACCUUCACUACGGCCAGGCCCAGGUCAAGCCCAGGGCGAAAGCCGGCGGGAGUGCAGCAGUGCUCCUCGGAGGAGUUGGAACGCUGGAGGCAGGACCAGUACCGGUUUCCGCCCUAUCAGUACUGUGUCUCGAACUGCCUUGUCAACAAACACGGUGUCUAUCGUAUCCCGGAUGUCUCUGAAAGGGAACUCAUGCUGGGGUUUCCUCUCAACUAUACGGCUGGAUGUUUUCCAAAGACAAAAAGGAAAGGUGAAGUCUAUGUGGACUGCAGAUUGACAUUGUUGGGGAACAGUUGGAGCGUGGUGGUGGUGAGCUGCCUGUUGAGCCAGCUCUUCGCUCGCUUGGGAUUUAUUCCUUGGCGUACCCCUCAGGAGAUUUUGGAUCGGAGUGCAUCCGGCGGUUGCCCUACAGCCCAGGGGCGACUGGUGAGGAUGCCCCUGAAUCCCCUCCGGGGUAUCCCUCGAGACGCUUCAAAGGAGCUCGCGACCAAGUUGUGCAGCCUUAUCUCGCUCAAGGGCGAAGAUAUCCUGCUUACGACCCCCACGUCACAGUUGCCUCGAUUCCACCGUCUGAGAAUCCAGCAGCCCGAUGGCAUCUUCGCCAUUGAAGUGGCGAGCUCUUUUUUCAGAAAGUCUGAAGAGUUCGCAGGUACCUCUGAGAAAGUUUGGGGUUUGGUCCCCGUGGUCUGCCUUCUCUUCGCUGGGGCCAUCGUGCUGAUCGCCGCAGCUGGUUGA